AUGACCGCCGAUCCCCACGUGACUGUACGGCACCCACGCACCGAGUCUGCACACCUUGACCUUCCGUACACCUGGGCUGUUCGCGAUUUCCAUCUCCAACCACGCGCUCUUUCUCCAUCAUCAUCCAACCCGCCAUCUCCCCCACCGCCUUUCCAUCUCGUCUCGCCCUUCUUCCUUCCUCUAUCCACCCACGCAUUUCUCAUCCCCUUCUUCCGCUCGCGUUCCUCCCUCGCUCGUUUCCCCUUGCGCGCAUGGACUGAAGGGGCUAUGCCUGUCUGGUCCCUGUCGCUGGCGACGUCCGAUGAUCGCCCAGCCAGCUUUGGGUCCAUCUCGGCUCUGUUGCGCAGCAACCCCUUCGUGCGCCAACAUGUAGCCUUCAACGCCGACCGACUCAGCUCGGAGGCCCUGGAGGAUCUGUACGCGACACUCCUGCGCGAAGGCUACGAUCGGGAUACUCUAGGCGCGAGCAACCCCAAAAAGCGCAAGAUUUCAAGCCCAAAGCCGGACGGAUUCGCCGACGGAGUCACCCAUGCAAAGCUCAUCCCGGAACUCGUGUCGCAUUUGUAUGCCAGAUACCGGGAGCUCGUCACCAAGGAAAUCCGAGAUGACGAGAAGAGGUACAUCGAAAUCAAGAAUGAGCUCGAUCGACUGCAGCAGGAAGCGCGUAAGGCGGAACCUGCCAAACUCGAGGACGUUCCUGAACCGAUGGACAUUGACGUGAAGGAAGAGACGCCGCACCAUGAGGAACCAGGAAAAGCGUUGGCAGGAACUGUUCCAGAGGAGGCUGUGUCUACAGGACAGGAAGCUCAACCAUCCGUCAAAGACAUCGCGAAAGAGACGACUCUUCUAGAGAAGGCCGGACAACAACAACCACCGUCCAUCAAUGGCCAACACCCUCUACCAGGAAGCCAACCUGCGAUUGCGCCACAGGCACAGCCAGUCGCUGCAGCGACACCAGGAGCAGCGGCUCAAGCUGCUCGGGCGACCGCCGCCCAUCCUUCCCAACUUCCACCUCGUCCCAAUGUUUCUGUGGCACCGACGCCCACUGGAAAACCCGGUCCUGCAGUUUCCACCCCCUGGAACCAUCUCCUCAAUCUCCAUACCCCGCCAUCCCCCCCCGGCGCGGCUGCACCACAAGCUGGCCAGACGACUGGCAAACAUCCAUUACCACCUAUUUCCACCGCUCAACCUCCCUUAAUUCCAUCAACACCGGGUGCAUCAUCGGCUGCUCACACCCCAGUACCCCUCGGGCAUGCUCGUAUGUCCCAAACACCGAGUGCCACCGCCCUAUCGUUCUCGGAGUCUCGUCGUGGUUCCCGCCCACGGUUGUCCAUUGACACACCUGGUUCCUCCACGCCAUGGAGAAGGACUCCCCGUUUGAGCAUCCCCGGUUCGCCGGUAUCCCCCGUGCGCCCUGGUCCAGACGAUGUCAGCCCUAUCAGUGAACGAGCCCCUUCUCCUGGUGAUGAGAUUGAAGCAUCCCCGCGUGGUGGUCGUGCCGCAAAGAAGACUCGGCGUGCCGCUGCUGCAGAGGACAAGGCUGGCCCAAAAAUCAAAACCGAAAAAGAGGCGAGCCGGAGGAAGCGCGCUGUGAGCGCCGCUUCGUCGCGCAGUCGCAGGCAGUCUGUGAAUUCGCGUGAUGAGGAGUCUCCCGAGCCUCCAGAAGACGUGGACCGUGACUUGCGGCGCCGCAAGGAUGAAUCACUCGCCAAGAGUCGCUCUAAACGCAAACGUGGCCCGAGUGAAGCCGUGGAACAAGAGCCGCUUCCCCCCGAGACUCCGAAAAUUGACACAACGCAAUAUGUCCUGUGUGCUCGUGGUUUCCACAGGACUGCCCAGACAAUCUUGAACGACGUGACCAUGCAUAAACUCGCUUCGAUUUUCGCAAAGCCGCUGACAGAGCGAGACGCGCCGGGAUACCAUGACCUCAUCUACCGUCCACAAGAUUUGAAGUCUAUCAAAUCCGCCGUUCACCAGGCCAGCAAAGCAGUCUCCGCCGCAGCCGAGGCAGUCAGUACCCCAGCCGGUGACGGCGAGUCUCCCGCUCCUGCGGCCGGGACGCCAACGAGGAGCGGCAUGCUCCAAUUGCCCAAAACAGAGGAUCUGAUCCCACCCAAGGGCAUCGUCAACUCGGCGCAGCUGGAGAAGGAGCUCACCCGCAUGUUCGCCAAUGCUAUCAUGUUCAACCCUAUCCCGGAACGCGGCUUCGGUCCUGCCUUCCCGAUGAUCAGCGACCGAAGCACUCGUGAGAGCACCGAGACUUCCGGAGGCGACGGCGACGAAGGCGGGAUCAUCCAGGACUCGCUGGAGAUGUUCGAUGAUGUCGAACAGGCGGUCAACCGGUGGCGUGCGGCCGAACGGACAGCGGAUGAGCUGGCCAACAACAAGAAUAUACUGUCUCUCCGGCGCGGCAGUGCUAGUGAUUUCAACACCGAUAGUGCGGAUGACGCUAAGGGGUGA